AUGACGAUCAAAUCCGUGGCCAUUAUCGGUGCCGGUGCUGCAGGCGCCGCAACAGCUGCAGCUUUUGCAGCUGAGCAAUAUUUUGAGACAAUUCGGGUCUUUGAGCGGAAGGGGAGUGCUGGCGGGACAUGGAUAUACGAUGCCGAUCCAAGCCCGGUAGCAGACCCUCGACCGGGAAAACUACCACCAGACAUUGAUUCACCGUUGAGAGUUCCGGAUGCUCUACCUCGGACGACGGAGCCGUCCUCACAAGAGCGAUGGGAUAAGACGCCUAUAUACGAUGAAUUGACAACAAACGUCCCCGCCAUAGCAAUGUCCCUUUCCGAAAUCCCCUUUCCCUACGGCCCAUUUGUUCCUCAUCAUGUGCCAAAACAGUAUAUAGAAAACUAUUUUACGCAGUUCAAACUAGAUCAGUAUCUGGAGCUGAACACGACGGUGGAAGAUGUCUCUCGUUAUCCUGCGACGAAAGGAUCGGGAAAGGGUCGUGAUAGAUGGCGUUUGACGCUGAGAACGUAUGAUGCGGUAGAGCAUGUGGAUCAUUGGUGGAACGAGGAGUUUGAUGCGGUCGUGUUUGCGAAUGGGCAUUAUAGUGUUCCUUAUGUCCCAGCCGUCAAAGGCCUAGAAGCCUACAUUAAAGCCUUCCCUGGACGAAUAGUCCACUCCAAAUCCUACCGAUCAGCAGAACACUACCAUAACAAACAAAUCCUUGUAAUCGGAAACUCAGCCUCGGGGCACGAUGUGACCGCCGGGAUCGUCAAAACCGCCAAAUUACCAGUCUACCAAUCCCGACGCACACCCUCACGCUGGGAUGGGAAUGAGCCUCCGGAAGGUAUAAAGUGGAAACCCGUAAUCAGGGAGUAUCUCCCUACAGGAGAGAUUGUCUUUGAAGAUGGCAAUAUUCUCCGUGACAUCAAUCAGGUAAUCUACUGCACAGGAUAUAAAGCGUCAUUCCCAUUCUGGAACGCCAAAGCGAAUGGCGCACCAAUUUACGACUAUAAACACGACCAUGUGGUGGGAAAUUAUCUACAUGUCUUUCUAACCGAUUUUCCUACUAUCGGUCUGAUCGGCAUUCCGCGAACACUCACAUUCAGAAGCUUCAAUUACCAAGCUAUAGCACUUGCACGAGUCUUCUCAGGCAGAAAUGCGCAUCCUCUACCAUCUGCUGAGGGACAACGGGAAUGGCUUGAUCGAAGACUAGGGCUUGUCACGAGACAACGUCGCAAGUUUCAUGAUAUGCCAUGGGAUGAAGGAGAAUCUCUAGAUUAUUUCCGCGAGCUGUAUGAUCUUGCUGGGCUGCCGAGGAUUGAAGGGCUGGGUCAGGUUCCACCAGUGUUGGAUGGGGAGACAAGGUGGGCAAUUGAGAAUGUGAAGAAGUAUCCUGUUCCGGGGGAUGGUCGAUCAAAGAAUGAAAGUAAUAAUGAUGAGGAAAAGGAGUGGACUGUUAUUGGAAGAGGGCAGUGGCGAGAUAGUCUUCAUUUUAUAUAG